CGGGCGUGGGUGUGGGUAAGAGGAGCGGGCGCGGCGGGAGCGCGGGGCAGAGGGACGCCGGCUACCCUGGACAGCGCGUCGCCGGCCGCCGGGGUCUCCGCGCCGCGGAUCAUGGAGCAUCUAAAGGCCUUUGAUGAUGAAAUCAAUGCUUUUUUGGACAAUAUGUUUGGACCUCGGGAUUCUCGAGUCAGAGGGUGGUUCAUGCUGGACUCCUACCUUCCUACCUUUGUGCUCACUGUCUUGUACCUGCUUUCCAUAUGGCUGGGCAACAGAUUCAUGAAGAGCAGACCUGCCCUCUCCCUCCGGGGGCUCCUCACCUUCUAUAAUCUGGGAAUCACGCUUCUCUCCGCGUAUAUGCUGGCAGAGCUUAUUCUCUCCAGUUGGGAAGGAGGCUACAACUUACAGUGUCAGGAUCUAACCAGUGCAGGGGAAGCCGACAUCCGGGUGGCCAGGGUGCUGUGGUGGUACUACUUCUCCAAAUUAAUAGAGUUCCUGGACACGAUUUUCUUUGUGUUGCGGAAAAAAACCAGUCAGAUUACCUUCCUUCACGUGUACCACCAUGCUUCGAUGUUUAACAUCUGGUGGUGUGUGCUGAACUGGAUCCCGUGCGGACAGAGUUUCUUUGGACCCACACUGAACAGCUUUAUCCACAUUCUCAUGUACUCCUACUACGGCCUCUCUGUGUUUCCAUCCAUGCACAAGUAUCUGUGGUGGAAGAGGUACCUCACGCAGGCCCAGCUGGUGCAGUUCGUGCUCACCAUCACCCACACCAUGAGCGCCGUCGUGAGACCCUGCGGCUUCCCCUUCGGCUGCCUCAUCUUCCAGUCUUCGUACAUGCUGACGCUGGUCAUCCUGUUCUUAAAUUUCUACGUUCAGACAUACCGAAAAAAGCCAAUGAAGAAAGAUAUGGACGUGCCGCCUGCAGGGAAAGAAGUUAAGAAUGGUUUUUCCAAAGUCUACUUCACUGCGACUAAUGGAGCCAUAAAUAAGAAAGCACAAUAAAGGUGGAACACCAGACAAAGCAUAUAUAAUAGCCUAACAGACUCGCUUGUUUUAAAGCAAAGACUGAAUUGAAAGUGAUAUAUGUUUUAGCACAAACUAAUUUCUUUGGAGUUUAUAAAUCAUUUGUACCUGGAAUGUAUUAAUAUAUUGCUAUUAGGUUAAUCUGUUAACUGAAAGCUUCCAUCAGCAUCGAGGUGACACAACUCUGUAGCCCUCAGAACUGGUGCAGUCUCUCUCCCAGCCGGACCCCACCCCAGCCCUCACCCCUCCCCGAAACCCGUCCCUAUAGCGCCUUAUGCGUAUACAAAGCCACUGGAGCACUGUUGUUCACAGCAAGUCUGCAAAUAAGUUAGAGUUUAGUUCAGAUUAAAAUGUUUAAAACAAAAUGUUGGAUUAUCUUCUAAAUACAGGGUAUGCUCUGAUCUGUAUAUUAAGCAAUAAUUGUCAGUACAUAAUCAGUCUAUUCCUUUAGGAAUCAACCCCAGAAAAUACUAAAGUGGGAUCAUAAAUGGAAACCUUUCCUCUGAAGGCUGUCUCUCUGGCGUCUCACAUUCCCACAACUGCUCACUGCUCCUCAUUCUCAAUUUAGGGAUAUUGUAAUAAAGCUUUUUUUUUUUUUCCAACUUUGAAGAAAAACCUGCCAAACCCUCCUAGCUCAAGCCUUCGGGUAGGAGCAGCUCCUUGGUUUUCAUUUGGUUUCCUUAAUUACUCAUAAUUUAGUUCUUCUCCCAGUUAAGGUGCCCGAGGUUAGGAUACAGACAGACACGAUGCUCAGUUUUAACAGCAGGAUCUGCAUUUGGCUGCCCGUUCCCUUUCUGAGCAAGGACUCUGUCCACGUGGCCCUUUUUCUUAGAAUGACAUGCCACCGGACUCUUUAUAAGCCAGAAUUAACAGCACAGUGGGGCAAAAUCUUCAUUGAAUUCAUCAAUGAUUUGUUAGGAGCCUCCUUGUGAAUUUUAUCCCCAAACACCUGCAAUUGCUCGCUGCAGGUCAUUUUUGGAAAAAAGGAAGAAAAAGGACUUCAGGAAGGUUCAGACACUCAGCCACGGCUGGGAAUGGGCCACAGUAAAAGGUGCCAGUUUGGCCAAUGGCACGUCCAUCCUGGGGUCACGGGAGCUCUGCUGAGAAGCAGCGGGAGGCAGCAGAGCCUGCCUCCUUCCUCUCCGGGGUGGACUGUCUUUACUUUUAAAUUGUACCAGGAAUGGAAAGGGGACCUUCUCUGAGGAUUCGGUGAAGAUUUGUACCCUAAAAAUAAUUCACCAACUUGGACACUUCGUCGUCUUUGCUCCCUUAGUUUAGGAAGUUUUUAGAUCAUUAACGUUGACGGCAGAUGCCUAAGUGCCAGAAAGGCGUUUUCACCAUCGCCCCCACCCCAUUGCAGUCUGUUUGGAAACAAUUUUUGUCCUUUGGGGCCAUUCCUUUUUUCUAAGCUUUAGUCUUAAAAUUUCUUUUUAAAUAGGAAAACAAAGCCACACUGACUUGUCCUGACGUGUACACUGACACUGACCAUGUACUAACUUUUCCAACUGCUCUUUCUGUAAACGCCCCUCCGGAUGCCGGCCACUCGUUGACAGGUGACUGACCCUGGGCCAGUGCUCCAGGUGAGGGCAUCGUGGCCGUGAGUCCUUCUCUGCCCGUGGAUGCAUUCCUGCUGAACAGAUACUUUGUCUGAGGCCAACCUCACUCUGGGAUCUUUCGGAAUCGUUUUCUACAGCUGACUUGCUCUAGGUGCUUAAUCCCUGCCCAGUCCCAAGUACCGUCCUCUCCCAGAAACUUGUUCCAACAAGGGCUGGCUUUGAGCGUAAGUACUACUGCGCCUCUGUGACAAAACCCACGUCAGACUGGGAGCAGCUGUUCAGCUUUCUGUCUCAAAUGGGAGCUAGAAUCUCUUAGCAGAGUGCACUCAGCACAGGGGAAAGUGAGAUGCAGAGAGAAGGCAGACAUCACCGCCUCCAGCUUGUUCUUCACCACCAGCGAGGCUCUGGUCUCACUCUUUGGAGUUAUACCUGCAGUCUGGGGGGCUCCGAGGGCUUCAUAUCCGCACAACAAGGAGAGAAGCAUCCUUCAGCCAAGUGAUAACAGCCAGGCAGCCAGAAACCUCUCUGAUCAAAGGGAAAAAUUUGGGCAGUUUACACUUUGAAGCUCAGUUGAGUUAGAGGUUUGAGGAUGCUUAUUUCCCAGUCAGUUUUGAAUUCUAGAGAAGAAAUGAAACACAUAGCCUUAAACCAUUCAAGAGCUUGUAAAAAUACACAAAUACUGAAGCAGGUAAAUAUUUUCACCUGUUAAGUGCAACAACUUUAAACAUUUACUCUUCAUGUGAGUUUCCUAAAGCAAAACUGUAAAAAAAAAAAAAAUGUAUAAUUUGUUAAAGAAGGAAAGUGUUUUUCCUCCAAAUUUCCUCUUACACAUAGUAAUGAAAACAUUUAAGUGAAUAUUGUAAGUAUAUCUAUUAUAAUUUCUAAAAACAGUAAAAUAUUUACUUGAUGGAAUUAAAUAUGGAAAUUUCAGCUCAUCAAAUUAUAUACUAUUUAAUCCUAUUGGGGAGGUGGGGAGUUUUCCACAUCAGAAAAGUAUUUUAAGGCAAAAUGCAAUUUACUAUGAUGAGCAGACCAGCACUUUAUAAGAGACCAGUCUAGUUCUUUCCAGUAUUUCCAUAUCAUUUUCUAUUUCUGGGGACUUCCUUAUUUGAAAAAUAAGGAUAUCACUUUUUUGGUUUUUCUUGAAAAGUGCUUAUGUCUUAAGAACAUAGUAUCAUGAUUGGGGCGGCCAGGGAGGCAGGAGAAGCCAUUUUUCUUUGUAGAUAAAAAGCAUUCUGUAUGAUUGUUGUAUAAUAAAUUGAUUUUUACACUAAA